AAUAAGCUGCUAUAUUCUUUUUCCAUCACUUCCCUCUCCAAGGCUACAGCGAGCUCGGAGCUCUUCCCCACGCAGAAUGCCUGCUUUCCCCAGUGCUCAACUUCCAUUGUCUAUUUCCCUCAUCCUGGCUGGGGAAAGGGAGAGCUGCGAGUCCUCCCGUUCCGAGGAACUCCAGCUGAAUGCAGCUUAGUUGCUGGUAGUUUCUUGGCCAGCUUCUGUGGUCUCAGGGUUCUGCCUGAGCCUGUGGUUGCUCUGAGCUGCCUGCGAGUCUGAGGCCUCGGGAAUCUGAGUCCUUCGGAUCAGCCUACGAUAUCUGGGCUUCGCCUGCAAGUCUACGGAUCCGAGAUGUACCUGCGGGUCUGAGACCUCCGGGACCUGCCCGUGCUCUCUAGAAUCUUUCUGAACGCCAGGUCUGAGAGAACGCUGCGGCUCUGGAAUCCGUUCGCGGUCUCUCAGGUUUUGGAGACGACGAUCUAGUGGAUCUUUUGCGGGACAGGAGCGCUGUCUGCUAGCUGCUUUUCCUGCUCUCUCUCCCUGGAGGCGAACCCUUGUGCUCGAGAUGGCAGCCACCCUGCUCAUGGCUGGGUCCCAGGCACCUGUGACGUUUGAAGAUAUGGCCAUGUAUCUCACCCGGGAAGAAUGGAGACCUCUGGACCCUGCACAAAGGGACCUUUACCGGGAUGUUAUGCAGGAGAAUUACGGAAAUGUUGUCUCACUAGAUUUUGAGAUCAGGAGUGAGAACGAGGUAAAUCCCAAGCAAGAGAUUAGUGAAGAUGUACAAUUUGGGACUACAUCUGAAAGACCUGCUGAGAAUGCUGAGGAAAAUCCUGAAAGUGAAGAGGGCUUUGAAAGUGGAGAUAGGUCAGAAAGACAAUGGGGAGAUUUAACAGCAGAAGAGUGGGUAAGCUAUCCUCUCCAACAAGUAACUGAUCUGCUUGUCCACAAAGAAGUCCACACAGGCAUCCGCUAUCAUAUAUGUUCUCAUUGUGGAAAGGCCUUCAGUCAGAUCUCAGACCUUAAUCGACAUCAGAAGACUCACACUGGAGACAGACCCUAUAAAUGUUAUGAAUGUGGAAAAGGCUUCAGUCGCAGCUCACACCUUAUUCAGCAUCAAAGAACACAUACUGGGGAGAGGCCUUAUGACUGUAAUGAGUGUGGGAAAAGUUUUGGAAGAAGUUCUCACCUGAUUCAGCAUCAGACAAUCCAUACUGGAGAGAAGCCUCACAAAUGUAACGAGUGUGGAAAAAGUUUCUGCCGUCUCUCUCACCUAAUCCAACACCAAAGGACCCACAGUGGGGAGAAACCCUAUGAGUGUGAGGAGUGUGGGAAAAGCUUCAGCCGGAGCUCUCACCUAGCUCAGCACCAGAGGACCCACACGGGCGAGAAACCUUAUGAGUGUAACGAAUGUGGCCGAGGCUUCAGUGAGAGAUCUGAUCUCAUCAAACACUAUCGAGUCCACACGGGGGAGAGGCCCUACAAGUGUGAUGAGUGUGGGAAGAAUUUCAGUCAGAACUCCGACCUUGUGCGUCAUCGCAGAGCCCACACGGGAGAGAAGCCGUACCACUGUAACGAAUGUGGGGAAAAUUUCAGCCGCAUCUCACACUUGGUUCAGCACCAGAGAACUCACACUGGAGAGAAGCCAUAUGAAUGCAAUGCUUGUGGGAAAAGCUUCAGCCGGAGCUCUCAUCUCAUCACACACCAGAAAAUUCACACUGGAGAGAAGCCUUAUGAGUGUAAUGAGUGUUGGCGAAGCUUUGGUGAAAGGUCAGAUCUAAUUAAACAUCAGAGAACCCACACGGGGGAGAAGCCCUACGAGUGUGUGCAGUGCGGGAAAGGUUUCACCCAGAGCUCCAACCUCAUCACACAUCAAAGAGUUCACACGGGAGAGAAACCUUACGAAUGUACCGAAUGUGAGAAGAGUUUCAGCAGGAGCUCAGCUCUUAUUAAACAUAAGAGAGUUCAUACGGACUAAGUCCUGUAAUUAUGAUAAAUGAUUCAUUUGAAGAUACAAUUUUAUUAUCAAUGAACACCCUCAAGACUGAGCUGCUUUUAUCAUACUCUCCUAGUUGUGGGCCACGAUUUAAACCAUCAGAGAUGACAAGCCAUUUGAAAUUCUGACCCUCAGCUUUGGGAAUGUUAUCUCCUCCAAAAUGGUGGUUUUUAUUCACUCAGUGGGCUACUUCAUUAAAAUCAGCCCCACAAGUAACUGGAAAUCUGAAGACCAGGGGACAAAUGCUGGUGAAUGGCCAGGCCUGGAAAUAGAGUAAAUCUUUCAAUGUUAUUUUCUCUCAUCCUUGGCCCAAGGAACUAUGCUAAGUGAAACAUGGGACUGAUUUAAUAGGGUGGUCAUGGCUGCUUUGGAAAAAGGCAACUAGAGACUCUGCCUGAAUUGCCACACCUAUUCACACACCAUAGUAGUUGGGCACACACAUCUUCCCCUCCAAAGGGCUUUUUCCUUGAGUUGCUCAUGCAUUUGUAUCUUUUCCGUCUUCCUGAGGGCAAGAUUUUGCACGAUGAAGGCAAUAAUUGUAACUUUUCUCCUUCUCAUUGUUUCUAAUUAGCUCCUUUAAAGCUUGCAUCUUUGUGAAAGCUAACUGAAGAUACAGUUGGAAAGGAAAAAUAAGACACAGGUUUGGGGACCAAGAACCCAUCAAUGAUGGUGACUUUAGCAGAAGAUGCCCACAGUUAUUACUGCCAUUAUUCAGAUUUAUGAAUUUUCUUUGGGGAUCACUAUAGAGAAUAUUGUAUAGAAAAUAUCUUCAAGAAAAGAUAGGACCAUCAGUGACAGUUAAGUGUAAGGAACAAGUGGAAUUGACUCCUUCAGGGAAGGAACCAGAGUCCCUUCCCAAGGAAUGUAGGUCGUUUCUGUGUUCUUUCCCCUCUAAUCUUUAAGAUCAACUCUUCCUAUCCUGCUAACUCUAAGAUUUGAUAAGGGCCACUUCCCAGUGUUUAUCUUAGCUUGCAUCAGGGCAUGUGUAUGUACAGUAAUGUGUAUUCCUGUGGUUUUUCUAAUAGCAGAAACUGAAUUUACAGAGACUUAGCAUGUUCUUGGGUGAUGUGAGUCAUGUGACAGAAGUAUAGACAUAACUCCAAUGUGAGAAAUGUCCUUUUUUCAUUAUGGAAAAUAAUUUAAACACUAGUGCUUUAGUGUGCACUCUCCUGUAAGGUCUGUCUUUGUACAGAGCUAAGUACUUGUUUGUAUGUGUUUGUCAAUUGUGGAAGAUAAUGACCGGACAAAUAGGUCGAUUGUCCUAUUCUCAGAAUGAAUUAUCUUCUAUGGCAAUGAAGAACUCUUUGGCUUAGUCAGAAGGAAUUAACAAACCUCGGUAGGAAUGUAUUUCCAUCCUCCCACCCUACAGAUAUAAGUGGUUAAAAUAACAGUUCGCCCAAUUUAAGCCCAGUAGUGUCAGUUUUCCUAAUCUCAGUCCAGGUAGGAAUUAAAUAUCUCAAGUGUUGAUGCUAUCCAAGCAUCUUGGGGUAGAAGGGAAUUGGUACCCAGAAAAUGGGACUGGAGUGAGGAAUAUCUUUUCUUCUGAGAGUACCCCCAGUUUAUUUCUACUAUGCUUUAUUGCUACUGUUCUUUAUUGUGAACGUUGUAACAUUUUAAAAAUGUUUUUGCCAUAGCUUUUUGGGACUUGGUGUUAAAGGAGCCAGUGGUCUCUUGGGUAGGGUACUAUAAUGAGUUAUUGUGACCCACAGCUGUGUGGGACCACAUCACUUGUUAAUAACACAACCUUUAAAGUAACCCAUCUUCCAGGGGGGUUCCUUCAUGUUGCCACUCCUUGUUUUUUUUUUUUUUUUUUUGAGAUGGAGUCUCACUCUGUCG